AUGUAUCGUCAAGUGCUCCUCUCUAGCCUCCUCGCCACUAUUGUCAGGAGCGUCUUCGCCGACGACGUCACCGGCAACAGCGAAUUUACCAGCAUCGACACCGUCACCGAAGACUCCGGCUUCACCGACAAUACCGUCUACACGACCGGAGAAAAGAUUACGAUCGAAUGGACUACAGCCUUUGACAAAGUCGGACUCCUCCUGUGGCAGGAAAAUACAGAUGGUGAUAACACAAAUAGCAUUUCGCUUCUGUCGGACUCCUCGUCCACAGCAGUCUCCUGGACUGUUACCGCAGACUGGUUGACCGACAACAGUGGCGACAUUGCUGUGGCCUUUCUCGCCCUAUACGAGUCCGGGUCUACCGCAUGGGCUAUCCGCAACACAUCCUUCAAUAUUACUUCAAGCGAUGACUCGUCUUCAUCGUCAACUAAAGUUGAGUCUUCGACUGUGGCCGAAUCGACUGAACUUGCGUCGACUCAAGAGGCAGAGACCGAGACCGUGGUCAACGAGGUUACCGUGACUGGAGCCGCUGCUACGAACGCUGCAACAACUGAGGCUGCUGCGACUGAUGCUGCUUCUACCGACGCAGUUGGUGGUGUCACUACAAUUGCCCUCAAAACCAGCGACGCAUCCGACACUGCUUCGCCAUCGUCAGCAACAUGGCCGGCGUCUUCGGAAGCAUCCUCGGGCGGGUUGUCCACCAGCAGUAUUGCAGGCAUCACCGUCGGCUCCAUCCUCAGUGCCAUCUCAGCCCUCGGCGGCUUUGGAUUCAUGAUGAAGCGCAAGAAGCGUGCGCGCAAGGCCAAAGCUGCUGCUGUGGAGCUGAAGAUGCAGCAGCAGAGUACCCAAAGCACCCAAAUCCAUAUCCAGCAAGCCGCCGCUCCAUCGCCUUCUGCUCCUCCUGCUGCUGGACAAUACCAGCAAGACCACAAGGGUCCGUACCCAUCUACCCAUACACUUUCGUACGCACCUACGCAUUCCAUGCUCUCUCCAGUGUAUCCAGCUGCUCAGUAUCCCGCACACUCUCCGGUUCAUCAGCCCGCAUCCCCGCCCGCCCAGUGGAACAACCAGAACCAGGGUUAUGGACAGGGUAACAAUGGGGCUUAUGAGGCUGCUUAA